AUGAUACCAGCCGAGGCUAUGCUGAGGGACGAAGAGACCACGAAGCGAACGACCAGUACGGAAACCAAGACAUGGUCCGGACCAGGUCGGUUCUUUGUCGUGUAUGCGAUAUUGAAUAAUACGCUGUUCAAUGAAGCCCUAGUGACGCCUCGAGACAACGAGACACCGAUAAGAUCCUGGAAUCAUCCAGGCGACGUCGACGAACAGCGAGCCAAGUUUAGCAGUUUCAGCCCGCUUGUACGAAAGUUGAUCGGCCUCAUAGAGAAAUGA